AAGAAAAGAAAAAAAAAGAGGAGAGAGAGAAAAGGAGCUGGAAUCACAUGGGCAUGUUAUGUUGUUUGUCUCUAGGCUGGGUCCUCUUCUCUCUCCCUCUCUCUCUCUCUCUCCCUCUUCUUCCUCUAACCACCAUCUCCAUCUCCAUCACUCUGGUCAUGAGCUUCUUCGCCACCAUCUUCAUUUUCUCCACCUAAUCUUCCCCUAAGAUUCCCCCCCUCUCUCUCCUCUCUCGCCGGACCGGACAUGGCUGACGACAAGGAGAUUUCUGCCUCGAUUGUGGAUGGAAAUGAUUCAGUCACUGGGCACAUCAUUUCAACGACAAUAGGAGGAAAAAAUGGAGAACCCAAACAGACCAUUAGUUACAUGGCAGAACGAGUUGUGGGGACUGGGUCAUUUGGCAUUGUUUUCCAGGCAAAGUGCUUGGAAACUGGCGAAACUGUGGCCAUCAAGAAAGUAUUGCAAGACAGGAGAUACAAGAAUCGGGAACUGCAGUUGAUGCGUGUUAUGGAUCACCCGAAUGUUAUUUCGUUGAAGCAUUGUUUCUUUUCCACUACAAGUAAAAAUGAACUUUUUCUUAACUUGGUUAUGGAAUAUGUCCCGGAGACCAUGUAUCGGGUUGUGAAGCAUUAUAGUAAUGCAAAUCAGAGAAUGCCACUUAUUUAUGUCAAACUUUACAUGUACCAGAUAUUUAGGGGGUUGGCUUAUAUACACACUGUUCCUGGAGUUUGCCAUAGAGAUUUGAAGCCUCAAAAUAUUUUGGUCGAUCCUCUUACACACCAAGUUAAACUGUGUGAUUUUGGAAGUGCAAAAAUGCUGAUCAAAGGUGAAGCCAACAUAUCAUACAUUUGCUCACGUUUCUAUCGGGCUCCCGAGCUUAUAUUUGGGGCUACCGAAUAUACAACUUCAAUUGAUAUCUGGUCAGCGGGUUGUGUCCUUGCAGAAUUGCUUUUGGGCCAGCCAUUGUUUCCCGGAGAAAAUGCAGUGGACCAGCUGGUAGAGAUUAUCAAGGUUCUUGGCACGCCAACGCGUGAAGAAAUUCGUUGUAUGAAUCCAAGUUAUACAGACUUCAGGUUUCCUCAGAUAAAAGCACACCCUUGGCACAAGGUUUUUCACAAGCGGAUGCCCCCAGAAGCAAUUGAUCUGGCUUCACGACUGCUGCAGUACUCUCCUAGUCUCCGCUGCACGGCACUUGAGGCAUGUGCUCAUUCUUUCUUUGAUGAACUACGCGAGCCAAAUGCUCGCUUACCAAAUGGUCGCCCACUUCCACCUCUCUUCAACUUUAAACAGGAAUUGACCGGAGCUUCGCCGGAACUUGUUAAUAAGUUAAUACCUGAGCAUGUGAAACGCCAACUAGGACUAAAUUUCUUGCAUCUGGCUGUGACGUAAAUUGCCGCUGACAGCCUUCUCUCUCCAAAGGGUGUCAACUAUGAAGUGGCUGCAUUGAUGUCGUUGAAGAGUAAAAUGAAAGAUGAACUGCAAGUGAUGGGUGGUUGGGAUAUAAACUCCGUUGAUCCAUGUACUUGGAACAUGGUCGCUUGCUCUCUUGAGGGCUUUGUUAUUUCCCUUGAAAUGACGAGCGUGGGCUUAUCGGGAACUCUUUCUCCAAGCAUUGGCAAUCUAACUCAUCUCAGGACAAUGCUGUUGCAGAACAAUCAGAUAACUGGUCCUAUCCCAUCAGAGAUUGGAAAACUUUCAGAGCUUCAUACUCUUGACCUCUCCGGCAACCAGUUUGAUGGAGAAAUCCCCAGUUCUUUGGGAUUACUGACACAUCUAAGUUACUUGCGGCUUAGCAGAAACAAGUUGAGCGGACCAAUUCCUAAACUUGUUGCGAGUCUCACAAGCCUAUCAUUUUUGGAUUUAUCGUUCAAUAAUCUGAGUGGACCAACUCCUAAAAUACUUGCUCAAGCCUACAGUAUAACAGGGAACAGCUUCCUCUGCAGUCCGUCAGGUCAAAUUUGUAUGGGCGUUUCAAAACCCGUCAAUGAUACAAGUUCACCACCAAUAGCUGGUGGCCACCGCCGAUGGGUGCUUUCUGUUACCAUCGGCAUUAGUUGCACAUUUGUAAUUUCUGUGAUGCUGAUUGUUUGUUGGGUGCAUUGGUACAGAUCUCGUCUUCUCUUUAUGUCUUAUGUGCAGCAAGAUUACGAAUUUGACAUCGGUCAUUUGAAGAGAUUCUCGUUCCGGGAUCUGCAAGUUGCUACUAGCAAAUUUAGUCGCAAAAACAUCUUAGGGCAAGGUGGAUAUGGAGUUGUUUAUAAAGGAUAUCUUCCAAAUGGGUCGGUGGUGGCGGUUAAGAGGCUGAAAGAUCCAAACUACAAUGGAGAAGUGCAGUUUCAGACCGAAGUUGAGAUGAUUGGCUUGGCUUUGCAUCGAAACCUCUUACGUCUAUAUGGAUUUUGUCUGACACCUGAUGAGAGGUUGCUUGUUUAUCCUUAUAUGGCAAACGGCAGUGUUGCUGAUCGCCUAAGGGACACUUGUCGUGAAAGACCAUCCCUGGACUGGAGCAGAAGGCUGCAAAUUGCCCUUGGGACGGCUCGCGGGCUACUUUACUUGCAUGAACAGUGCAACCCCAAAAUUAUUCACAGGGAUGUGAAAGCAGCAAACAUUUUGCUUGAUGAAAGUUUUGAAGCCAUAGUUGGGGAUUUCGGACUUGCAAAGCUGUUAGAUAGGAGAGAUUCUCAUGUCACUACCGCAGUGCGGGGUACAGUAGGACACAUUGCCCCGGAAUAUCUUUCAACAGGACAGUCAUCAGAAAAAACUGACGUUUUUGGAUUUGGCAUACUACUUUUGGAACUCAUAACUGGACAAAAGGCAUUAGAUGCUGGAAAUGGUCAAGUUCAGAAGGGAAUGAUUCUAGAAUGGGUAAGAACCUUGUAUAGUGAGAAGAGGCUGGAAGUGUUAGUAGACAGAGAUCUCAAAGGAUGUUUUGAUCCAGACGAGCUCGAAAAAUCAGUGGAGUUGGCUCAACAAUGCACUCAGUCAAACCCCAACCUCCGUCCGAAGAUGUCGGAGGCCUUGAAGGUUUUGGAAGGUCUUGUUGGACGGUUGGCUCCAGCAGAGGAAUCACACAGUGGAGCAAACCCUGUUGAGGCUAGGGCUUGCAAUAGUUUCUCCAAGAAUUUCAGUGACGUUCACGAAGAAUCUUCCUUUAUCAUUGAAGCCAUGGAGCUUUCUGGGCCUCGGUAACAACUAUAGUUUCCAAUUUCAAAUUAA